AUCCGUAUGGCAAGCGUCAAGAAACCCAGUCUGCAUUCGAGGAUACAAACUCCUUGUCGGAAGCAUGCACGUGCAACGACAUGCAAGUGGGUGCGCCACAACGGGGUACCAUGCGAAGCAAACCGUGGCGCCAUAUGUUUGCAUGGCAUACCGCCGCCCAGCAUACCACGGCGUAGCAGCAUCGAGCAACAUCCAACAGCGUAUCAUAGCGCAGCGCUGCAUGGCCUCGGCGCGCCUCUAGCGUAGCAUCGCAUUUACACCGAAACCAGGUCUAUCCCAAUCGCUCGAUCCACACUGCAAGUCGGGUAUAAACUAAGUCGCAUCGAAUUAAUAAAUACUCAAUGACAAACUCAGGCACUGCGACCAACAAGCUGACACCAAGACUCCAAGGAAGAGGGAGGGGGAAGAGGAGGCGCAAGGGACCGAGAGAGGGGAGAGAUUCCUGGACGAACGUCCACAGGAAAGAACAUCUCACGCGUGCGUAAACCACACAUCACGACCAGCGGCGGAGGUGGUGCCCGCACAGAAACACUUCGCGAGCCAAGAGCUGGCACUCCGAGUAGGGCCGCCCGUUAGGAUAGAGGGCCCGAGCCACAUGGGUGAGCACCAAGUGCAACGGUUGCCAGUGCAACGCAGGGGAACGAGGGAGAGGAGGAGACAAAGGCAAGGGGCAGGGCAAACAACUGCGAGCAAAUCGUAAUCUAAAAUGCAUGUAGGGCCGCACAUGGGGGGUGCAGGGGAACGGGGAGCCUCGAGACCAAACCGCUCCUGAUGGUCCCGAGGCGGUGGACGUUGCCCCCGUGACCGGGAGGCAGCGCGGGUUGAUGAAUUCGACAUGCAAUUCGUGGUUGCGAUCGGGCAGGGAGGAGGAAAGGGGGGAAUGAGGAAAAGGGGGGAAGGAGGAAAGGAAGGGGGAAGAAAGCGUAUACGCACUGAGCAUUCUGGGACAGGAUGAUACUUUACCAGCGUGGUCUGCUGAGCUUCGAGCUGCCUCACUGCGAGAGGGAGCGAGGCCGAGACAGGCAGAGGAGACAGAAAGCAGGCAGGCCAGCAUCAGCAGGGCUAGCCAGCUGGGAGGCGAGGGCACAAGGAAAAAAUGGCAAGGGGAGAAAUGGGCAUCCUGUCCCAGCCCUUGCUCUAUCGGGCGGAACAAAAAACGUGCGCGUAAGGACCUACGCUGUGCCCAAAGUGCGGGAGGAGGGAUGCGAGGAAACGCAGGGAGGUCAACUGCACGCUCUGGUUGAGCGUCCAAGCCUAGCAACGCUGUCCAUGCCAACUUUCCUGGCACCAGCAAAGUGCUACCACGAUUCCAUUGAGCAACCCGCUCGCACAAUGGUUGAAGCAACGUGCAAGAUAUGAGACACAGGCCGGACGCGCCGCCCGCGUAGCUGUCCUUGCAGCGUCGCCAGAAACCAGCAUGACCAGACCAUGAUUCCACGGAGGAAGGAGGCGAGGGAGGCAAGAUGAGUAAUCGAGGGAGGAAGAAGGGGGGAGGAGUGGCCACCUCAGGUCACCGAUCUGCGCGUCCAACUCAUGGAUGCUGGUGGUGCUUGCUGUUGCUCCCCACUGAGCUGCCGGUGGUCGUGCUGCUGGUCGCCGUCGCGCUGCUCAAAGGCCGCGCUGCUCGCCACACUGCACCUCUCACUUUUGGGCGGCGGGGUCCUGCUGCUGCUCCCCGCUGCGCUGCCGGGCGUCGCCCUGCUGGCCGCCGUGAUGCUGCUCGCGCCGCGCCGCUCCCAUGGCACGUCUCACCGGGCGUGGGCUCGUCGCGGCGUUCGGCAGCGGCACGUCUGGGGCCCGCGGUGAUGCGCGGCCGCGGGGCGCAGAAACAACGACGAGUAAGGGACCUGCGGGACGUCCGGCCGUUGGCAGGUGGCUCGUGCCCAUGGGGACUGCCGCGGCUGACGCCAACCCCCUCCGUCGGGAGGUUCACAGGAGCUGGCGCCCAGGCGGCUGGAGUGGGCGAACAGAAGGAGGAGGAGGAGGAGGAGGAGGACCAGUGGAUGCAGUUCGGGCCGGUGCGGGUGGAGAAAGCAGUGGAGUAGGCGCGCCGAACUCCCCCUGUGGCGCGAUGCGUCAGAUGGGGCGUGCCGCGCCGAUGAGCGGUGAAGGCCGCCGCCGCCUCCCCUUCGUGCCUGGGGCGCCGAUCCCAGCGCCGAGCCCGAUGGCGGCG